ACAUUUCUCUCGUUAAUGAGGUCUUUGAUGUCACGGAAAAGUGUUUGCGAGCCAACCAUCAUAUGGUCGGCUAUUAAACACAACGGACAUGCUUUACACGAAUCCUAUUUCAUAUUUUUGCGGUCGUGUUUCGGUUGGACGGGUUGUGUAUCGCAACAGACCCUACUGUCCUACGGGUGUCUAUUCGCCGGUGCGAUAUUGGUUUUGGUUCGGGUGCUAUUGUUUAUGCAACUGUUGAGAGCGCACCGCAACUUUGGCUACGGACUCGCCGACUCAGCGUUUGUGGGGUUAGUGAACGAAACAACACGUCUAUUGUCCCGAAAUCAGAGGAGACGUACAGACCUUCUUAAAAACACGAAAAUAUGA